CCUUCGCCUUUUUUUUUGUUCUCUCUCUUCCUCUCGGCGACAAGAACAAAACCUUCGAGACCUUGCGGAGAUCGAAGAACCAUCUGGAAAUUCUUCGAUUGAUCGUGGGGCUGAUGAAUUGAGGAAUACCCAGGCGAAAUCGGAAAUCUUCUGAGUGGUAAAAAAAAUGGCCUGUAGAGGUUGCUUGGAGUGUUUGCUGAAGUUUCUCAACUUCUUGCUGGCCCUUGUGGGGCUUGGCAUGGUUGGAUAUGGUAUCUACUUGUUCGUGGAGUACCAGAGAGCAACGGAUAAUUCUCAUAUGGUCACUCAGACAGGCGACGAUGGUUAUGUCUCAUUUGGACGUCCCAUGCUCAUGGUCGUUGCUUUAUCAAAUGAUAUUUUCGACAAGCUGCCCAAAGCUUGGUUCAUAUACUUGUUCAUCGGUAUCGGAGUAGUUCUGUUUGUUGUCUCGUGCUGUGGAUGUGUUGGGACUUGUACAAGGAAUGGCUGCUGCUUGUCUUGUUAUUCUGCGCUUGUGAUCUUGUUGAUCAUAGUGGAGCUUGGAUGCGCAGCAUUUAUAUUCUUCGACAAGAGUUGGAAAAAGGAAAUUCCAGCUGAUAGAACAGGAAAUUUCAACAUGAUCUAUAAAUUUCUGCAAGAUAACUGGAAGAUUGUCAAGUGGGUUGCUCUCGGAGCAGUUGUCUUGGAGGCUUUGCUUUUCUUGCUGGCCCUUAUGGUUAGGGCGGCCAAUGCUCCACCAGACUAUGACAGUGAUGAAGACCUUAUCGUUCCAAGGCAACAGAUCCGGCAGCCAUUCAUCAACCGCCAACCCGUUGCUGCAACAGGUGUCCCGGUUGCCCCUACCUUGGAUCAACGCCCUAGCCGGAAUGACGCUUGGAGCACACGUAUGAGAGAAAAGUACGGCCUCGACACAUCGGAGUUCACGUACAACCCAUCAGAGUCUCACAGAUUCCAGCAAAUGCCUGCACAACAAAACGAGGAACGGAGCCGUUGUAUUGUCAUGUGAGUUCAUCUAACAAAUCCUCCGUUUUCUAAUGUCCAUAAGGUCCAUCAUCGUUCUCUCUCUCUCUCUCUUUUCCUUGAAGAAUUGCCUUGGCGUAGAAGUCUACCUCUGUAAAACUGUGUUUUGUGUGUAGUCUUUGUGAGGAUUACUACCUGCAUGAAUAUUAUUGUUAUUUAUUGUAUUCAUCUUGGUUCUGA